CUGCUGGCACUGUGCAAGCUGCCAGAGACAGUUAAUUGGGUGCCUGGGUCCUUCCUGUCUCCAGCAAACCCCAGUGACAGCAGUUCCCCUGAGGCCAGCGGGUUUCGUCACAUGGGUGAGGGUUCCCAGACCUAGCAAGGUGCUUGGGGCUUCCUGAGACGAAACCCUGUGGGGAUGCAGUGGAGACGGAAAGUCAACUAAGAAAUUAAUUAAAUGCAGCUUGCAAGUGGCAUGGGGGAAUGGGCAUCACUGCAGAGGGCAUGGAUUUCCCCAUUAUUUCCCCAUCCUUCAAAAAAAUCAGGGUACAUGCUUUCCCCUGCUUGGUCCUGAGUGCCUGCAGUCCACGCGGCCCAGCCCUGUUGGUGGGGUGGGCAUCCCAUGUAACCAGUGUUGUACUGUGAAAAGGGGCUGGGGGAAGCCGCAGAGGCGAAGGGCAGUGAAGUGCAUCUCUGGCACUGAGGCGUGCAGGUCGAGGGGCUCAAUUUCAGGCCAGCAGUUAGAGGCUGAGCCAGGACUACGGGCCAGGACAGGGAGUACGGUUAUGUCAACCAACUGUGGGAGAGAAGAUCAUCCUGCCACACCUAAUCCUAGCAAAAACUCCUACAUAAUUGCUGAGCCAGCUCUAUUGGCAUUUGGUGUUUGUAUCAUGGAUCAUCAAGAUAAGCUUUCUCCCAGAACGUAACUUCUCUUGCUGGUAGCAACGGCUCCUGAGCACCCCCUCACCCCUGCCUGCGGAGGCUGCUCCUGCCUGGUCCUCCCAUGCCACAUCUCUCUGCACCCAAACCUGCUGGGCUGUCUCACAGCACCUCUUGCUGCCUCCCUGACAUACCUUUGCCUAUUACUAAAUAUUAACUCAUCACGUCUAAAGAGGGAGGUAAAAGCCACACACAGCACCUUCAAGGCAGCACGGCACCAGCAUGCACAUGCCACACGCGCCUAGGCUAGUGUGAGUCAGUGGCAGGGCUGGGGGACACAUCCUAGUGCCAGUGCUGUGAUCCAGUUUUCCCAGUAACACGGCGUCCUCCUUCGUUGUAGGCUUGGGAGAUCAUCGAGUGUCUGGCAGUGACGGUGACAGUAAUCGCCUCUGCGGGAGGUGACUAAAACCAAAGAGAAGGAAAGACGACGAAUGUGCAAAUGACAGGGGCAGAAACAGCUGUCCCGUUGGUAAUCUUCAUGGUAGAGAUGCUUUUGGAGAGCUUAGUGGGAAACUGAAAUGACUGAGGUUUCACACAUUGCUUAGGCUGAAUCCCUCUUCGGCCCCUUUUGAAGUACCCCUGGUAUCAGCAACCAGCUCCGGAGGCUGGGACACCGGGCAGGAGGAAGGGACAGCAGCGAAGGUGUCGUGCUCCUGGAGCAGCCUCUUGCACAUCAGCCAGCCCAAGGCCAUUUCACCCUCCAUUGGCGUGUCCCUCGGUGCUGGAAGGUGGGCCAGCACGGCCCCCCACUGCAGUACGUGCCUCCUCUUGCUCCUGGGACGAGAUGGCCGCCCUCAUCGCUGAGAACUUCCGCUUCCUCUCCUUGUUCUUCAAGAGCAAAGAUGUGAUGAUCUUCAAUGGUUUGGUGGCCCUGGGCACGGUGGGGAGUGAGGAGCUCUUCUCAGUUGUUGCCUUCAACUGCCCCUGCUCCCCUGCCCGCAACUACAUCUAUGGGCUGGCCGCCAUCGGCGUCCCGGCCCUGGCCCUCUUCCUCAUCGGCGUCAUCUGGAACAACCACACCUGGAAUCUGGUGGCCGAGUGCCACAAGCGUGGCACCAAGAACUUCUCUGCCGCCGCCACCUUCCUCCUCUUCGGCUCCAUCAUGGGCCGGGCGGCCGUGGCGCCCGUCACCUGGUCAGUCAUCUCGCUGCUGCGCGGAGAGGCUUACAUCUGCGCCCUCAGUGAGUUUGUCAGGCCGUCCUCCCUGGACAAGUUCCCGGCCGAGCAUGGGGCUGAGGUGCUGGCCAGGUUCCCCUGUAAAGACGUGCCGGCGAACCUCACCAAGUUCAGGGAUGAGGUGACGCGGAGGCUGAGAUAUGAGUCCCAGCUCUUUGGCUGGCUGCUCAUCGGCAUCGUCGCGGUCCUGGUUUUCCUCACCAAGUGCCUGAAGCACUGCUGCUCGCCGCUGAGCUACCGGCAGGAGGCUUAUUGGGCCCAAUACCGCUCCAACGAGGACAAGCUCUUCCGACGCACGGCCGAGGUCCACUCCAGGAUCCUGGCAGCCACGAACGUGAAGCAAUUCUUCGGCUUUGUGGCGCUGGACAAGGAGGAGAAAGAGCUGGUGCAGGAGUUCCCGGUGGAGGGCGUCCAGCCGAGCCCCCAGUGGAAUGCCAUCACGGGUGUCUACAUCUACCGGGAGAACAAGGGCUUCCCCCUCUACAGCCGGCUCCACAAAUGGGCCAAAGGGGUGGAAGGGAAUGGGCCAAGCCCAGAAGGCCACGAAAUGCUCUUUUUGGCUUCCUAAGACAGAUGGGCGCUGGCAGCGGUUCCCCAGACCACCUGGCAGGCCUACCAGUAUCGGUGCAUGGCCGAGGGAUUCACUGGGAAUAUUCCUCCCAGCAGGAUUACUUCUCUCAGCCGGUAAAUAGGGACCAACAGCCUCAAGGUAGAGACUGAUAAGCAAUACACUGAGCUGGGGCACCCCUCCCUUGCAGACAACCAUCUCAUUGCUGCUCCCAGAGACACGAGGGGAGCAAAGAGCAGGUGCACACCUUACCUCCAGGCUGCCAGUGUACCCUGCUGUCUAAUGCACCAUCAGAAGCCUUGGGGAGCAAGAGGUGGGCACGACAUUUCUAACUGUAACUCCUGCAGUCCCACUUGUCUCUCCCAUGGCAGGGUCAGCCCCAGCCAUCCCACACACCUACUUGUUUUAUUGGCAUUGGUAUCUUCUUAACGCAGUUGUGCAGCGCCUGUUACGCAGGCAGGUCUCAGAGCACUUUACAGACUUUACAGCGCAGGGAAAAGAGGGAAGCAGUGGGUAAAUUCCUGUGGCAAGGGGGAUGCAACAGCACCUGGGAAGGAAUGGGUCAGUAAUACAGCAACACGCUGAAUAACUGAGAGACUAAGGCAGGAGGAAUCACCAAUAUUCCCAGUAUUCAGAAAGAGACUCUGUAAUUACCAAGUUGGAAUUUGGGUAGGACACCAAACUCCUUUUGCUCUUACUGCAGUGCCUGGCAACCUCUAAUGAGCCCAAGUGGCUGCAACCGUAAGUUUAUAAACCCAGAAGACGGCACCAGCAGCAGAAUAGCUUUUGGGCAAGGUGGCUCGGUGGAGGCUGAGAGGAAGCAGUCCUCUGUCUGCAGCUCAUUGCAUCUCUCAACCAACCACUGGAUAAGAGCCCUGCUUGUUUGGGUUGCGAGUUGCAGCAAGACCUUAAGCAGAAUUAGAUUUACAUAUGUGUAUAUAUACACACAUGCAUAUAUAUAUAUAGUGUAGAUACUAUGUAAUUGUAGUUAGUUAGCUGUAUUAAUGGAGCAUCGUUCUUCAAAGGAAAGGGGAUGGGGAAAUUGCCAGCUGAAAGACCACAUUACAUGCACCCAUCUGCUGCACUGGGACUGCAGCCCUGGAGUGAUGAGGGACAGUAGGAACGGGAUGAGGGGAGCAGCCCUCUCCCUAUCCUUCUACCACUGAAUUUUCUUAAGCUCUUUCUACUGGUCUCUUUUACGGACUUGGCCAUACCCUGAGAAAGUAAAGCCAGAAAGGUGUAAAAUUAGUGCCUUCACCAUGACACUGUGCUGACUAUGGCUUCAAGGCACUGCACAGUCCCUUUUCUCCUGAGGGUCAGCCCUUCAUACCCAACACUGUUUCAAGAGCUGGCAGGACAAUGAAGUUUGUUUUUCCUAUUUGUACUGUUUCUUUAUAGGUACAACUUCCUUUUACACUGUGCCAUUUACCAAAAAGCCUUAAGUUGUUAAAAAAAUGACUUAAACCCACAGAACUCAGAGAGUCUUACACACAAGGAGAUUUGAAAUAAAUUAUUAAAUUAGAGUUA